CGUCCUUUUCGUAACAAUAGGCGCUUAUUCUGAAGAACCAAAGGAUGCCAUCCGUGGAUGACUGAUUAUUUGCAUUGCGUGUAAGGGCGCUGUGUUACAGGACAGACAACGUGGCGAGCGGCCGACGAUGAAUGUCCGUCUAGGAAAAGGGAAGCGGUGCCGCAUCGCGCAUAGAGGUGAGAAAGUCCCACAGGUUCCCUCGAGAUCCCGGCGGGGAGCUACGAUCCCGCUGUGGGCGCUAAUCAGCACCGCUUGCGCAGCCGGGGACGACGAUCAGGCCCAAUGCUGGGCAGAGCGCCCAGCGCCCACCUCGGUGGGAUGUGUCGCACGGACAGCUUAUAUGUAGUGCUGAAACAAAACGAAGUGCAGCAGAUAUUCGGCAUUGAAAACGCCCCGGCCAGGGGGAGCUGUGGUCG